CCAUACGGCCGGGUGUUGCUCUCGUGUAGGAACCGUGCAUCGCUGCAGGUGUUCGUGAUGUAUGUGUGUAUAAUAGUAUGUACAGUAUGCAUUAUCUCUAUGGGGCGUGGUGUGGGAUGCGUGUGGGGUUCUGGGUGUCUUGUGUGUGUGUGUUUGUGUGUGUGCCUGUAUCGUCUAUUUUCUAGGUGUUGCUCGUGGAUGGUUCGGUUGGUUUGGCGGACGCUGCUUGGCCGUUGCCUUGCCUUGCGUGGCGUUGCCUUUUGUUCCGUUCCGUUCUGUUGUGUUCUGAUCCGUUCCGUUCUGUUCCGAUCUACCAGAGGAUGCGCUGGUGCCGGGAGGGGCAGAAGGAGAGGGUGCAGACGAGCCACCGGGCGACCAAAAGGUCCAGCUGUUGCUGCCGUGGGUGCGGCAGCGGAAGGGCCUUCCCCUGGGUGUUUGGCUUUGCCAUUGCCAUUGCCAUUGCGCUUGCCUUUCGGGGCUUGCCUUCCUCGUCGCAAUCGCCCCCUUGUUCGGCUUCCGCUUCGUCUUCGUCUUCGAUGGUGUUUGGCCCGGCCACCACACGCUCCUCCUCCUCGGCAAUGGUCUGCAGGGAGGGUUUCCACUUGGUGUUGUUGUUGUUGUUGUUGUUGUUGCUGUUGCUGCCAAAGAUGCCCGCCGACGCCAGGCCCAGAACCCCGUCCUCCGAGACCGGGUUCCGGAGGCCCCCUUGGUGCUCGCCGCUCCGCAAGAAGGUGGCCAGGAGCAGCAGGGGGAUCCUCAGAAACACCGAAACGAGAAUCCCGCCCUUUCCGGCUCCGGCCUUGUCGCACUCGAGCUGCUGGUCAAAGACGGCCAUUGCGGUGAUUUUUUUUGCUUGGCGUGUCUUUUGCUUGGCUUCGAAGAGAGAUAGUGGAAUCGAAUCGAAUCGAAUCGAAUCGAAUCGAAUCGAAUGCAAUGCAAGGAAAGGCAGUGCUCGCGGAUGGAUCGAAACGAUGGUUUCGUCUGGAUUGUGCUUCGCGCUCCGGUCCGUGACGGAUCGAACGCCUUCGUCGCUGAUUGGAACGGUGUGUUGGACUGCUAGAAGAACGGUCCACAAAAUGGCGCAAAGAAUGACGUCGUUCGUACUAUUCGAUUCGAUUCGAUCGUGCUAACGCGUGCGCAGGGUUUGUUUUCCAACUGCCGAGAAACCGUGGGAAUAAAAUAAAAUCAAUCUG